AUGGCCGCGUUCCCGACCUCCGUCUGGCUCACCAACAGCCUCACCGGGCGCCUCGAGGAGCUCAGGACCCACGCACCCAGCACAGUCCUGGCCUACAUCUGCGGCCCCACGGUCUACGACUCGACCCACCUGGGCCACGCGCGCACAUACGUCACCUUCGACGUCGUCCGCCGCAUCCUCGAGGACUACUUCGGGCUGCGCGUUCGCUACCAGUGCAACAUCACGGACGUCGACGAUAAGAUCAUCGCCCGCGCCGUAGAGAGGGGCUCGUCCAUCUUCGACAUCUGCCGUAAAUACGAGCAGGAGUUCCUUUCCGACAUGCACACCCUCUCAGUUCGUCCCUUCACAGUGGUCACUCGCGUAACCGAGUACAUGGCCGACAUCAUUCUCUUCAUCCAGAAGAUCAUGGACAACGGAUUUGCAUAUGUGAGCGCGGGGUCUGUUUACUUUGACGUGGCCGCAGCCCGCAGCGCUGGGUACUCCUAUCCCAAGCUUCGGCCUCUGGGCAGUAGUUCUGACGAGCUCCAGCUCCUGAUCCAGAAUGCAGAUGGGAUGGACAGCAAGAAUCGCGUCUCAGAAAAGCGCUCAGCCUCAGAUUUCGCACUCUGGAAGGCAUGGAAAGAAACAGAACCAGAGGAUGCCAAGUGGGAUGCAACCUUUUCCCACAAAAAUGGCGCUGUCUCGGAACUGAUCACCCUGCCCGGACGGCCUGGCUGGCACAUAGAGUGCUCCGCGAUGGCGGCAGCUGUGUUAGGGAAGGACACUGGAGGGGCGUUUGAUCUCCACUUGGGUGGCUGUGACCUACAAUUCCCUCACCACGACAAUGAGCUGAUCCAGUUGGAGACCUGGGCCGGGAAAAAGAACAUGAUAGGAUGCUUCCUGCACAGUGGGCACUUGAAGAUAGCAGGGGAUGUUAUGUCAAAGUCUAAAAAGAACUUUAAAACCGUGCGUGAGAUUCUUAGCAUCUUUACGGCAAACCAAGUUCGCAUGCUUUUUUGCAUGGUUCCAUACAGCGCGUCGCUGGAUUACAGCAUCUCGAUGAUGGAUGCUGCAGUUGCCAAGGACAAAAAAAUCACCAGUUUCCUGUCCAAUUGUCGCCAGAUCAUUCAGCACGAGGAAGAGCUUUCUGAGCCAAUCAAGAACCUUAGAUACAGUACAACGGAAGAGGCUCUUGAAGCGCAGACCAUAGAGUUCCUCUCCAACGUGGAUACGGCCUUCCGCAACGAUAUAAACAUUGUUUCCGCUAUGAGUCAUGUGAUGUUGUUGAUCGAUAACUGCAAGGCAUACAUCUUUGCAUGCCAGACAGAAGGCAGGCAGGUCAGCACGUUUCUCCUAUCUAAUGCACGGGAUAAAAUUGUACAUGUCCUCUCAAUUAUGGGUUUCUCGUAUGCAAGAGGUGAAACUUCAACGGCAGAAAACGCCUUGCAAGUCGCUAGAGUCGUCUGUAACUUCAGGAGAGAAAUAAAGGAUCUAUUGAUGGCCUCAACCACUAAUACUGCUGAGACAGAUACCAAGACUCUAAAGAAGAUGCUUCUAGGGUUGUGUGACAGGCUCAGAGAUGAGCACCUACCAUUGACAGGAUUUGCUAUCGAAGAUGCAGACAAGGAGUCUUAUAUUAAGCCGAUAAACGUUGAGGAGUGGAAGGUCCAACGCCAAAGAGAACUGGAUUUAGCAGAAGCCAAAAGGCUUCAACAAGAGAAGGUGCAGCAGGAAAAGCUUGAGAAGCAGCGUUUAGAGCGCGAAAAGGCCCUAAUUCCAGCCGAGAAGAUGUUUCUAGAGAACGUGGAGUUCUCAGCUUUUGAUGAGCGUGGGAUUCCCACUCACUUGGCCGAGACGGGGCCUGACGGUAAUCCUUUGCCCAUACCAAAAAGCCGAUACAAGAAGUUGGUGAAGGAGUGGGAGGCACAGAAGAAGCUCAAUGAAAAGUAUCCAAGCUGA